AUGGUCCAGCUCCUCUCCGCCUUCAUCUCCCUCCUCUCCGUCGUCGCCGUCUCCGGCGCCGCCAUCCCGGUCGCUGCCCCCGAGGCUAUCGUCGAUGUUGCCGUCGAGCCCACUGCCGAGACCACCACUGGCGACUUCACUGCCCAGGCUUGCCAGUACACCUGCGGCUCCGUCUGCUACACAUCUUCUGCCGUCACUGCUGCUCUGAACAAAGGUUACGGCUAUUAUAGCUCUGGGAGCACCGCUGGAAGCAGCACCUACCCCCACCAGUACAACAACUACGAGGGCUUCAGCUUCCCCACCGCCAAGCCCUGGUACGAGUUCCCGAUCCUGUCGUCCGGCAAGGCCUACACCGGCGGCUCUCCCGGCGCUGAUCGUGUCGUCUUUGACUCCAAGGGCAACUUGGAUAUGCUCAUCACCCACACUGGUGCUAGCGGCAACAACUUUGUUGCGUGCAAGUAA